AUGUCUAUCCCCUUAAUUACCUGGGAGGCCCCGGAGAGACAGGGGCCCCCUGAAGGUCUUGAUGCUGCAGCAGCAGCAGCAGCAAAUCCACUGCUGCAGCUGUCGCUAGAGGAGGUGAUUGAACAAGAGAGAAGAAACCGCAGCCAGCAGCAGCAGCAGCAGAAACAGCAGCAGCAGCAACAGCAGCAGCAUCAGCAACAGCAGCAGCAUCAGCAGCGACAGACGCCACCGCCUCAGCCGAGGCGACAAGUGCUGCUGCGCCCCAGCCCUUGUGUAGCAGCAGCAGCAGCAGCAGCAGCAAACACAGGGGGAAGAUGGUUGCAGCUGCUGCGCGCUGUCUGCGUUGAAGCCCUCAAUAUACCUGAUGCAGGUUGGGAGUACGUAAGGCUGCUGCAGCAAGAUGACCCGCCGGUACCCAGCAGUUUGCUGCUGGUGUGCGGCGGUGUUGUGUCUCCGUUUGAUGUAUUAUCUUUCUUCCAGCCGUUCAACCCUUUGCAAGUCGAAUUCAUAGCCCCUCUGCAGCAGCAGCAGCAGCAGCAGCAGCAGCAGCAGCAGGAUGUGGAUGCGUUUAACAGCCGCAUUGAGCAGUGCUGCAUCGCCUUUCCCUCUCCUGCUGCUGCUGCUGCUGCGCUGCACCAGAGAAGUAGACCCUGUGAUUUGCUGCUCAUGCGACACCAGGAGCAGCUGCAGCAGCAGCAGAAACACCUGCAGCAGCUGCUGGAGGAAGGUGCUGAGGAGGGUGAGGUGCAGCACCAGCAGCAGCAGCAGCAGCACCAGCAGCAGCUUGCUGCCAUCGAGCAGCAAAUCUCAAGCCUGACGCAACUGCAGCAAACAGCAGACGAAGACGCUGACGUUAGAAUCUGUCUGCAGCAACUCUCCAAGUGGAGAAGGCAAGUUGCUGCUGCUGCUGCUGCUGCUGCUGCUGAUUGUGGUGGUAGCAGCGAAGACGGUAAGAGCUAUCAGCUGCUGCUGCGUCCGGCUGUUGCUGCGGAUAUGCCUGCUGCAUCAGCAGCAGCAGCAGCAGACCCCUCACGCAUAAGGAAGCUGCGCCCUACGCUCAACUUCACAAUGGCUGCUGCUGCUGCUGCUGCUGGAAAUGAAGCAGCAGCUUUAACAGGGGAUACAGCAGGUCUCGAGGAGACAGCUCUACUUAGAGACGCAGUAGCUGUACAGCUUAACUCCUAG